AUGAACUUAAGAAAAUCUUUAGUUAAAAAUUUCUGUGCUCCAAAAAUGUGGAUGGUCUUUCUUCUUAUUUGGGGUUACAUCAUGGGGACUCGAUCUGCUACACUAACAUCUCAAAUUCAAAUGGAAGCAAAUGCUAUUUUGGAAAGUGGAUGGUGGAACACUUCUAGUGCACACAUGAACAUCUCUAAUCGAUGCAAUUGGGGUAGCAUAUUUUGCAACAAAGUUGGAAGCAUAAAAGAAAUCAAUAUAGAUUUUGUACCAACAUCGGAUAUUUACUUUGCAACCCUAAAUAUGUCGGUUUUCCACAAUUUAGAAAGCCUUGUUUUGAGGUCAAUUGGACUACGAGGAAAUAUUCCAAAAGAAAUAGGUAUUCUCUCGAAACUCACUCGUCUUGAUCUGUCUGACAACUAUCUUGUAGGUGAGAUACCUUAUUCUUUAAGCAAACUUGUAACAUUAACACACUUGGAUAUCUCUUCCAACAUCCUUCAAAGUUUCAUUCCACAUGAGUUGGGAAUCAUUCAAAAUCUCACUACAUUAAAUCUAUCUUACAAUAGAAUCAAUGGUCAAAUUCCCCAUUCACUAAAAAAUCUAACCAAACUCAUUCAUCUAGAUCUCUCUCACAAUUCUCUUGUAGGUGAGUUACCUUCUUCAAUAGGAAAUCUUAAACAAUUAGAGAAGUUAUAUAUUUCUAACAACAAUUUGGAAGGUUCAAUACCUUAUGAGUUGAGAUUCAUUCAAAAUCUUGUUGCAUUAAAUCUAUCUCAUAACUUCUUUCAUGGGAGUUUUCCUAUUUCUAUCAUAGGAAGUGGACUAACUCAUCUUGAUUUGUCGGGAAACUCUCUUAUAGGUGAUUUACCUCCUUCAAUUGAAAAUCUUAGACAAUUAAAGUACUUAGACAUCUCUUUUAACAAAAUUGAUGGUUCCAUUCCUCUUGAGUGGUGGUUUCUAAAAAAUCUCACAACAUUAAAUCUAUCUAAUAAUAGAAUCAAAGGUGAGAUACUUCCUUCCAUAGAGAAUCUUAGGCAAUUACAAUAUUUAGACAUUUCUAACAACUACAUUCAAGGUUCAAUUCCUUUUGAGCUGAGUUUCUUGAAAAAUCUCACAAAAUUAGAUAUAUCUCACAAUAGAUUCAAUAGUAAUUUUCUCAUUUUCGUUACGAAUCUCACACGCUUAGUAUACCUUGACAUCUCGUAUAAUUUUCUCACUGGUUUCCUCCCAUCCAACUUCGAUCAAAUGACUAAAUUACAAGUGUUGUUGUUAAAUAACAAUUUCUUUGGUGGAAUAUUUCCAAUCUCGCUAACAAAUCUCUCUCAAUUAGAAAUCCUUGACAUAUCCCACAAUUUCCUUCUUGGUCCCCUUCCUUCCAAUUUCUUUGCUUUGACACAUUACAAAACCUCCAUCGACCUUAGUCACAACCUCAUUAGCGGCGAAAUCCCUUUUCAAAUAGGACAUUUUCAACAACUUGUUUUAAGGAAUAAUAAUCUCAAAGGAAAAAUUCCUCAAUCCAUUUGUAAUGUUGCUAGUGUAAAUAUUUCCUACAAUUAUUUGAAUGGUCCCAUUCCAUUUUGUGUUGAUCCUUAUGCAAUAAUAGGUAACAAGGAUGUAUGUACUAACUUUUUAUACAAGAAAGUCCACUUCAAAUUCCACCCUUGUCCACCUCCCAAGAAAAGUAAUAAUAAAGUAAGAAGACAUAUUGUUAUUGCUCUUCCUACCCUUAUUAUUCUACUCCUAGCCUUCUCACUUAUCAUUUGCUUCAAACUUGGACAUGAUUCUACUAAGAAUAAGUCAGAAAAUGCAAAGACAACAAAAAAUGGAGAUUUGUUUUGUAUAUGGAAUUAUGAUGGAAAAAUAGCAUAUGAUGAUAUUAUUAAAGCAACAGAAGACUUUGACAUGAAAUAUUGCAUUGGAAAAGGAACAUAUGGAAGUGUUUACAAAGCACAAUUACAAAGUGGAAAAUUUGUGGCUAUAAAGAAACUCCAAGGUUAUGAAGACGAGGUGCCAACUUCUGAUGAGAGUUUUAGAAAUGAAGUGGAAGUAUUAUUAGAAAUAAAGCAUCGACAUAUUGUAAAGCUUCAUGGAUUUUGCUUGCACAAAAGAAUCAUGUUUUUGAUCUACCAGUACAUGGAAAAUGGAAGCUUGUCAUCUAUCUUAUACGAUGACGUGAAAGGCAAGGAAUUCGAUUGGAAAAAGAGGGUUAGCGUUGUUAAAGGAAUUGCAUUUGGUCUCUCAUAUCUCCAUCAUGAAUGUCCAAAUCCAAUAGUGCACAGAGAUGUUUCUACUAAAAAUAUCUUGCUAAACUCCGAGUGGCAGCCUAGUGUUUCUGAUUUUGGAACAGCUCGAUUCCUUCAACACGAUUCAUCCAAUCAAACAACAGUUUCUGGAACUAUUGGAUAUAUAGCCCCCGAACUUGCCUAUACUACAAUUGUGAGUGAAAAAUGUGAUGUGUAUAGUUUUGGAGUAGUAGCACUUGAAACUUUAGUAGGAAGACACCCUGAAGGUAUAUUGUCAUCACUUCAAUUGGCAUCAACUCAAAACAUGAAGUUGUGUGAUGUAUUAGACAAACGUCUCUUACUUCCAAAUAAUUCCAUAGUUUUACUUGACAUAAUUCAUGUUGCUGUGGUAGCAUUUGCCUGCUUAAAUCUCAAUCCUUGCUAUCGACCAACAAUGAAAUGUGUCUCACAAUGUUUUGUUACUAAGCUCACACCAUUAAAAAUUCCUCUGAGAGAAAUUUCAUUAGAGAAACUCAUGAAUCAAGAUCUCAAAGCAUUAUUUCAUAUUGAGAACCCUUGAAUGCUAAGCUUCAAAACUUAUUAAGUUUGUCUUAUCUAUGCAUAUUUGUUGUUAUUUGGGUAUCUCAAAUGUGUGUAUGUAUAUUUGUAACUUUUCUAUAUUUUUAAUUUAUUAUCUAUAUUUUUAUUUGGGUAUCUGAAUAAAUGAUUGAUUUAAAUAUGGACAGAUAAAUGAUUAACUUUUCAAUGUAAGCCAUAAUGGCUACAGAAUAUGGCUUGAAUUUCUUCUUCUUACUUUUUUAUCAUUUGUUUUUUUUAUUCGUUUAGUUGUAUCAAUUGAUGUCUUUUUUACUUGUGUUCUUACUUUGUAAAUCAAAGUAUACACUAAUUACUCAGUAUUCUUGUGGAAAUAAAUCUGCAGGUAUAUUUGUGAAUUUUUCUCCGACUUUAUUAAAUAAAAUAAAUUUUUUUACGGAACACGUGUCCGCAGGAAUACCUGCGGAUUUGCAGUGAAAAUCUCACUUAUUAGAGUUUGUUAUAGACUAUAAUAGACUAGCCACUUGACCUUACAAUAGAAUUCACCAUUUGAGAAAGAAUAUAGAGGGGUGGAUUG